ACCCCAGGUGAGGGCCUUGCCACUCCUCCUGCGGUCAGUUGCUCUCAGGUCUGUGUCCCCUGUCGCUUCACUGCAGUCUUCCUCCUCACUAUGACUUCCUAUAGUUAUCGCCAGUCCUCAGCCGUCUCUUCCUUCGGGGGUUUCGGCGGAGGCUCGGUGCGCUUUGGCUCAGGGGGUGUUUUCCGUGCACCCAGCAUCCACGGGGGUUCGGGCGGCCGCGGUGUGUCCGUAUCCUCCACCCGCAUCGUGUCCUCGUCCUCUGGAAGCUAUGGCGGAGGCUACGGAGGAAGUUUUGGUGGGAACCUGGCUGUGUCCGAUGGGCUGCUGGCUGGCAACGAGAAGCUCACCAUGCAGAACCUCAACGAUCGCCUCGCCUCCUACUUGGACAAGGUGCGCGCCCUGGAGCAGGCUAAUGGCGAGCUGGAGGUGAAGAUUCGCGACUGGUACCAGAAGCAGGGGCCCGGACCCUCUCGUGAUUACAGCCACUACUACAAGACUAUCGAGGAUUUGCGCGACAAGAUUCUUGGCGCCACCAUUGAAAACUCCAAGAUUGUCCUGCAGAUUGACAAUGCCCGCCUGGCUGCAGAUGACUUCCGAACCAAGUUUGAGACAGAGCAGGCCUUGCGUCUGAGCGUGGAGGCCGACAUCAAUGGCCUGCGCCGGGUGCUGGAUGAGCUGACCCUGGCCAGGACUGACCUGGAGAUGCAGAUCGAGAGCCUGAAGGAGGAGCUGGCCUACCUGAAGAAGAACCACGAGGAGGAAAUUAGUGCCCUGAGGAGCCAGGUGGGUGGCCAGGUCAGCGUGGAGGUGGAUUCAGCUCCAGGCAUUGACCUAGCCAAGAUCCUGAGUGACAUGAGAAGUCAGUAUGAGGUCAUGGCGGAGAAGAACCGGAAGGAUGCUGAAACCUUGUUCAUCACUCGGACCGAGGAGCUGAACAGGGAGGUUGCCAGCCACACGGAGCAGCUGCAGAUGAGCAAGUCGGAAGUCACCGACCUCCGACGUACCCUCCAGAGCCUUGAGAUUGAGCUACAGUCCCAGCUCAGCAUGAAAGCCGCCCUGGAAGGCACGCUGGCAGAGACAGAGGCCCGCUACUCAGCCCAGCUGUCACAGAUCCAGGCUGUGAUCAGCAGCAUCGAAGCCCAGCUGAGCAGUGUGCGCGCUGACACUGAGCGCCAGAAUCAGGAGUAUCAGCAGCUCAUGGACAUCAAGUCGAGGCUGGAGCAGGAGAUUGCCACUUACCGUAGCCUGCUUGAGGGCCAGGAAGCCCACUACAACAACCUGCCCACCCCCAAGGCCAUCUGAGCUUUUCCUGGGCUCCGGCCCUGUUGCCAGUGAGACUCCCCUGGGGAGGGGCCUGACUGGGGUGACACGUUUACUCCAGCUCUUUCCUUGAUUUGCCAAUAAAACUAUCCUCCAUGGGAAGAAUGACGCUUUGCUUAUUUCAGCCCAUGGAGUGAUGGGUCAUGCCUUA